AAAUGUUACUUGCACGUUCAAAGAUAUCAACAUACGUGGCAUUGCCACUGACUAGGGGUAUCCUUCAAGCAAAUAGCUUAUCAACAUCUUCACAGCUAUUCGCCGCUAGCAGAGCUACAUCUAGCAACCCUGGCUAUCCCCAGUCAAGUAAACCUACGGUAGAAGAUGUAAACUACGAGAAAACCCACGCAAACAGUGAUCUAGAUUUAUCUAAGAAAACUGGUACAGAAGGUGUUCACUUCCAGAAGACAGCUCCAUUCCAAAGGAUUGAACAACAAACAUUAGAUUGGAACAAUAAACCAUUAGGCGACUAUUUACUCACAAGUCCAGUCUACACUAAAGAGGAACUCGACAGUGUAAAGAUUCUUGAAUUUGAGAAGAAAACACUAAGUGAUAGGCUCGCAAAUGCACUAGUAAAGCUCCUCAGAAGCAGCUUUGACAUUGUGACUGGAUAUAAACAUAGAGAGAUAACACCAGACGUUAAAGACAAGCCAUUACCAUGGUUGAUUAGUAAAGGAUAUGUUUUGAGUGAAAAACAAUGGCUAAGAAGAUUCAUUUUCCUCGAAUCAGUAGCUGGUGUACCAGGUUUUGUAGCCAGUAUGCUCCGUCAUCUCCGUAGCUUGAGACGUAUGGACCGUGAUGGGGGUUACAUCAAUAUGUUACUUGCAGAGGCUGAAAACGAAAGGAUGCACCUUAUGUCAUUCCUUGCUGUUGAAAAACCAUCAAUCUGGAUGCGAGCAAUGGUUUUAGGCGCUCAAGGUGUUUUCUUCAACUUGUUCUUCGUGUCGUACCUUAUCAACCCAAAGAUUUGUCAUAGAUUUACUGCAGUCUUGGAAGAGGAAGCUGUUGUCACUUACACAAGAGCAAUGAAAGAAAUAAAAGCUGGCUAUGUUCCUGGUUGGAAACAUAAGGAGAUCCCAUCGAUAGCACGUGGUUAUUGGCAAUUACCAGCUGAUAGCACUAUGUUGGAUCUCGUUAUGGUUGUCCGAGCUGAUGAGAGUAACCAUCGCUUCACGAACCACACACUCUCCGAAUUGGAUUUGAACAAGCAUUUAAAUCCACUUUCUCUUCAGGAGCCAGAUGCCAUCACUCGUGGAACAAAGUUAGGCUUUACACGCGAGGAGAGUGCAGCAUGGUUAGCAGAAACGUCAAGAGCAAUACAAGAGAAGAAACUCGAAGGUACUUAUGAGAAAUCUCACCACCAUUAGGUGUGAUACCUAAAUUUUAUACAACUCACUACUCACUGUCUUAAUUAAAUAUUUCAAUUGUUUUAACAAAAAUGCAUAAAUUAGAAAC